AUGGAAUUUAUGAGUGAUAUUGGCUCAGGAGCCGAUAUUUACCGUCCCUCGUUGUUCGAGUUAGUCGCACAAGAAAAAUUGCGCGAUCUCAUUCAACCAGCCGUCAAAUAUAUUUUAUCGGUCUAUGCUCAACGAUAUCCUCGAUACUUGCUUCGCUUAUUUAAUCAAUUUGAUGAAUUUUAUGCUCUUGUUACGUUGUUGAUUGAGAAACAUUACUUGAAAAAUCAUUACGCGUCUUUUGCUGAAAGCUUUUAUGGAUUGAAAAGAAUUCGGUCAAUACGAACAAAAAUAAACUUACCUGAGGCAGCACCGGAUGCCGAUUUACAAAAACUGAAGAAUUCUGAUAUAUGGUUAUCCUUAUGUUUUUUGGUUGGAAUUCCUUACAUAAAAACAAAACUCGAUAAUAAAUAUGAAGAAAUUAGUGGAGGCGCUGGUGCAAGAUUAUUAGGUGUCACAUUUUCUCGAGAAAAUAAUGAUGGACAUAUUCAACAGAUUAAUCGUAGAGAACGUAUACGUCGUUUCAUCCGGCGAUUUUUUAAGAUACUUUAUCCAUGGCUGAACGCUUUUUAUCAUGGUUCAAAUCUAUUAUAUAACAUUUUAUAUUUAUAUGAUAAAACGUGUUAUUAUACACCAUGGUUAAGAUUAAUGGGCAUAGAAACCCGUAGAAUGACUGCACAAGAUUACCGUGAGCAGUCUGAAAGAAGAAAGAAUUCAUCUAGAAAUAAAUUGCAAUCUACAACGCUGCUUCAAACCAGCCGUUAUUUUUCAAGCCUGAUUUUAUCGGAUUUGCUAGACUUUCUCAAAAUUCUAUUGCCAAUGUCUAUAUUCUUUUAUAGAUUCCUGGAGUGGUGGUAUUCGAGCGAAUAUGCAAGACAACCGGGUCGUGUCGAUGGAAUAAAUGUGCCACCUCCUGAAAUCAUAGCGCCUGAUCCGCGAGGAAUUCCACUUCCAGAUACACCUAAUCUAUGUCCGAUUUGUUCGAAUCUUUUGACUAAUCCAACAGCACUUUCAUCCGGGUAUGUUUUUUGUUAUCUUUGCAUUUCUCGUCAUAUCGAGGAUUAUGGGAGAUGUCCAAUAACUUUGAUCAAAGUUGAGAUCGAUGAACUAAGGAAGAUCGAAUAUAAAAAAAUGAAUACCAACUCAGAAACAGAAACUAAUUUAGAAAAGGGGGUUACUAUCGAACCACAAUCUUUUGACAUUAUACAAGAAAGAAUAUCGACUAACUCAGAAACAGAAACUAAUUUAGAAAAGGGGAUUAAUAUCGAACCACCAUCUUUUGACAUUAUACAAGAAAGAAUAUCGACCCCCAACAAUUUAUCAGAAGAAAUUCUGUCGGAAAAAAUUCAAGAUAAAGUUUCAGAAGCAGAUACUGAAUCUUCAACAAAAACUAAUACAUCAUCAAACUUGCGGAGGUCAACGAGAACAAGGAAACCACCAAGUUGGUUGUUGCAAGAUGAUUCAUUAAUCACCCGGCGGAAAUCACGCCGAAUAGAUAAUAAGGGCGAGGGAGAUGAUGAUAAAAAACAUGUUUCAGAUGGUGAACCGAUCAAUGACAUCAAUAAAUCAACACAAAAUGUUAAGAGAAAGCGUGGAAGACGUAGUGAGGAUAAUACCCCAGAUGAAAUAAUCAAUGAGUCUAAUACUCCAGUUCCCGAAAUCAUAAUAGUUAUGGGAGAACCAGAAGUUCAAUUACACAGUGAAGAUAUUGAUAAAAAUAUUUCCGAUGAACUUGCGAAUGAUUCAAAUGUAUCAGUGCCGAAUAUUCAGAAAAAGCGGGGAAGAAGAAUGAAGAAUUCAUCUACUCAAAAUAGUGAAAAAAAUGGUUCUGAGAAUGGAACAGAUGAAUCAAAUACAACGGUACCCAAAAUUCGACGAAAGAGAGGAAGGUCGAUGAAAGGAUCUUCUCAACAAUCUAACGAUGGUUAUGAAAUUGCCAAUGAAUCAAAUGGCUCAGCACCCGAAGUUCGGAAAAAACGAGGAAGGCCAAGAAAGGAUUCUUCCACAAAGUCUAGUGAAAUUCUUGAUAGAAAUAGUUCUGAUGAUAGUAUGAAUUAUAACGAAUCCGAUACUUCAGAACCAGAAGUACGAAAAAAGAGAGGAAGACCUAAAAAGUCAACUUCGAAAUUAGGCUCGGUGAAGCCGACUACAGAAACUCGUAGAGCAAAGAAGACAAAAACGCGCCAAUCUACGCAACAAAGUACACCUGAGAAUACAUCAGAGAAUUCACCUGAAAAUAUAAAUAAAGGAACUUAUGAGGAUAAUCUUACUUCACAACCGUCAAUUCCGAUUGAACAAAGUACUACGAGAAAUUCUCUUAAUCCUUUAGAAGAUAGUGGAAUGUCACUUUAUCAGGCGGUUCUUAUGCUAGAUAGAGAUUUAGAGAGUACUGUAUCUGAUUGGGUAGAGACUUAUGAAGUUGAUAAUCAAAAAGCUUUACUUAUAUUGAUAAAUUUCAUAAUUCGGUCGUGCGGAUGUCCUAAGACAAUCGAACAGGAGGCCAUUGAAGAUGAAGAUGCUAUUGUUGAAGUUCUAAGCGAACUGCAAAAUGCAUUUAAAAAGGAACUUGUUACAGAUUAUCCUCUUGUUUCAAAGGCCAGGGAUUUUAAAAAAUUCCGCAGAAGUUUUUUGGAAUUUUUUCAUCGGCUGAUAAAACAAGUUAAACAUUCUAUAUUGUAUGACGGCCUCUUCUGUGAAACUAUAUAUGCUUGGGUGUGUUCAAUGUCAAGUUCCGCUUUCCGUCCAUUUCGACAUACUGCAGCCGCAAUUGCUCUAUACUUAUUAAGCUGCCUUUGCGAGGUCGCUCAAGAGGUUCGAAACGAAUUGAAUAUUGCUACUCGUCAGUUAACUUCGGAACAAAUUAAAAACAAGAACUCAAGGAAUUUAAGGAACCAAGAUAGGAUGAGUAGCUUGCGUUCAAAAACUGUAGAAUUGACGGAGAAAAAACAACAAUUAGAAUCAUAUUUCAACGAUUUUUUUAAUGGUGUAUUUAUUCAUCGCUAUCGAGAUGUCGAAGCAAUAAUACGCGCAGAGUGCGUUAAAGAAUUGGGAGUUUGGAUCGUAAAAUAUCCUGAUCGAUUUUUAGAAGAUAAAGUUACGAGAUAUCUCGGUUGGCAAUUGUCUGAUAAAUCUCCAAUUGCUAGAGUAGAGGCAAUUAGGUCGUUAUCGCGUCUCUACAUUAAUGAGACGUUCAUAAGUGGAUUGCGCAAUUUCACCGAACGGUUUAAACCACGUUUAAUUGAAAUGGCUUUACGAGAGGCCGAGCUUAGUGUUCGCAUUACUACUAUUAGUUUGUUAACCCAAAUAUAUAAAGCAGGAUUGUUAGAAGAUGAGGAUCGUGAUGAAUUAUCACAUCUUAUAUAUAGUGAUUUACCAAAAGUGAGAAAAUCGAUAGCUCCAUUCGUUAAAGAUUUAUUAGACGAAGAUUUUAUUAGCUCGAAAUUUACAAAAGUUCAAGCUUUUUUGUCCAGUAACGACACUAAACGAAAAAACAGAAGUGCAAGUAAUGAAAUUGUAAAUUCUGUAAGACGUGAAUGGGUGACUUUUAAAUGUUUGGCGGAAUUCUUGGUAAAAUACAGAAGGCCGAAAGAAGUCAUUGGAGAUGUAAAAAAUAAUAGAAUAGCAUUAGCUAUUGAAGCUCUUUGGGGUGAAAUGGAAACAUUACAUGACUGGCAUAGUUUAGCCGAGUAUCUUUCCAAAGAUCAUUCCCUAACAGAUAAUUCUAGUACUGCAAAAGGAUCUCAGGGGGAGAACGAUCCUAUAGAUGCCAUCGAGGAUUGUUAUAGACUUAGCGAACGUGAAGAAUCUGUGUUAGUUCAGGUUUUUGUUGCUUGUCUUAAACUAAUUCUUGUUGAUCCAUUAAGCAGAGAUAAGAAAAAGACUGAAGCACAAAUUGAAGAAAUACGCGAAGAAAUUUCAAGAAAGAUGGUACAUAUUUUGCCCAGACUAUUGACAAAAUAUGCCCCUGACGCAGGCCGGAUAGCAGAAGUGUUGCAAAUACCACCAUUAAUGAAUUUACAAGUGUAUUCAGAAUUACGUAUGUUAAAGGCUUACGAGUUGCUAAUUGAUGAUGUUAAGAAGCUUUUCUUGAAACACACACAUCUGCUGGUUCUUAAUCAUGCCGUUAGAACUUUUUCACACAUGGAGGCAUAUGAAACCUUUUCCUCGAUUACAGAGACUAACUUGGGAGAUUUACAAGAGAUAGUUAUCCAAACGUUUAUAGAGGAAUGUGAAAAUAAGGAACUAUUGACAAUGGAGUUGAUUAGCGAUCAAGUACAUUCAUUAAGAGUGGCUUUAACUCGGUUGGAGACAUUAAUUGGUUAUAAGUGUAUGAUUGAAGUCGUUGAAGAGAGCGACGAUAAUCGCAAGGACAUGUAUUCUUGUUUCAUAGAAUUGACUCGGCGUGGUUUAUUGAGUAAUUAUGACGAACAGCAGAUCGUCUGUUCAGCAAUUAGUUGCAUUUGGAACUAUCUGCUUUGGAAAGCUAAUGAAUUGCUUAUUUCCAAAAGUCAACCGCCUUCAGAGAUACCGCUUGAUAAAAUUAAUGACUUAAUUAUUAGAAGAGAUCAGAUAGUUCAAACUUUAUUUGAAGUUGGCUUAUCGAUUUCUUCGGAGGCACUUUUGAAGGUUAAAACAGCGGCAUUUUCGACUCUUGGUAACAUAUAUUGGUUGUUUUCGAGUGAUAUAUUUAAUCCUGAAAUUCGUCAGCCUAGUUUUUCCAAAUUGAAUCUUUCCUGCCAUCCAGAAUUUCAAGAAAGAAUUGAACAAUUUGUAACUGAGGAAAUUCAAAAUUUUAGAAAUACAAUAUCAUCAGUGAAAUUAAAGCUCGAAGAAGAAACAAGAUCAAGAUUAGAGGAAACAGCAUUAAAAAUAUUAGAAGACGCGUUGAGUAAAAAGUUAGAAACGGCGCAAAACAAAGAACAAAUUGAAAACGAAAUUGAAACAAUUAGAGAAAGAAUAGAUUACAUCCAGAACGAGGAUGAUGAAACCGAAAAACUUUUAGAAUAUGAACAAAUUAUAACACAAUUAAACGAAACACUUGCACAAGAAUAUGAAAAUUUUAGAGAACAAGAAUAUGAAAAACUUAAAAAAUUAAUUAAAAAUAUAGAGAUGUUUAUUGAUCCUGAAGAAAAGCAACAGAUUUUGGAAAUCAUUGGAACCCUUGCACGAGGAGUUAGAGGUGGUUGGUUUCAAGAUUCACGUGUCGCCAUUAUAUUAUGUCAAUUAGGAACUCUUGUUAGCGAUAUUGACGACUUAAUUCGAAAACUAGUCCAAGAUUUCAAGGAUCGUGUAUCAGGAGGCGAAGCAAAAUUAUUUGCAAAUAUUUUCAUUUCAUCAUUAAAAAAGUCUCAUGAACUUUACGUGGAAAGUCAUGUUGACACAAUGAAUGGAACUACAUCACUUGCUCGUCUUUGUGCAAAUGCAUUGCAAUUACGAGAAACUAAUGACAAGGCUUCACGCAAGAAUGUUGAUUGUUUUGUUGAUUUUCAUCAUAAAGGAAUUUCGUUUAUAACUUCAAUGAUAACGAAAUUCAGAGUACUUGAUAAAAGUGAAGAAGUUACAAAAUCAAUUAGAUUCUUCAAGAUUUUAAACACGUUUAUCGUAGGAAUGAAUGUAAAUGGUGCUCGACAAAUAUACUCAAUCCUUCAACAAGAAAUGAAUAUCCAUGAGAUUAGCCCGUCAGAAUUGGAUAAACAAUGGGAACCUUAUUAUUUGUACGUGCAGAAGCUUAAUAACAUAUUAACAAAAGGAGGAGUUAGGAUAGGUAAUAAACGAUCCGCACCAGUUGAUGAUGAUGUUGAGAAUUUGAGAUCUCCAAAGAAAAGAAAGCCUCCUACCAACAAAGAGGAUGCCAGAAACGGUGAAAGAAAUGAAGGGUCAGAUAGUGGUGAAAGUUUUCAAAGUCUGACCGAUGUCCGUACCAAGAAGGUACGACGAUAA